UUUGUAAAUCUCGCGCGUAUGUCAACGGCAAACCUAGCCGUUUUGCUCCAAACGAGACUGUGAAAAAAAUCGGCUUUUUCUUACAGUGCGCGAUUUAUCGACGGCGAUAAAAGCGACGAUUGUUACGACAGGAAAUGGCAUUGAGAGAGUCUCGGUUCACACGCGGAAUCUCGACGAAUUUCGUUAAUCCCAUUUGACGCGUGCGUCUCGCACCGAACACAAAAUGCGAUACGGCGGCAUAAUCUACGCGAGUAUGCGAGGAACGAUUCGAUAACGUGUCACGUCGAGAUUAUUAAAAGUCCAUCCCGCAAGAUCUACGAAGUAUGAGUUAUAGUAGAAAAUACUCGCCACCGUGGGACACAAGAUCGACGAAACCAAAAAACAGAGGAAACAUGCAUUAAAUGUAGUUUGUUAAUGGAAAGAGGCAAAUUUUAAUGAAGAAGACCUGAAUGAAAAAUACUUUGCGUUUAACUUGCAUUUAGUUAUAAAGCUGUAAUAUUAAAGUUACGCAUGCAGUUAAGCAAAUAAAAGACGCUUACAACAUUAUCAUUUAUACAUGGUAAAAGGAUAUGAUUUAUGAUAUCAUUUUUUUGCCUAGUCAAAUGCAAGAUUUGAUAAUACUACUGUACCAUUCUUCUGUAAAUGUAACCUAAACAACAAGCAAUAAUUUACUAAAGGAAUUCGAAUAAACCAGUGGGAAUGGGCAAUUGUUUGUGUAAAGAUACUCCAGGAAUAUAUGAUAUUGAGACUUAUGGCAGUCAUAAUCAUGCAGAAACUCAGAAUACUAUAAUACCAGAGCCAAGUAUAAGUAUAAUUUCGUCUAGCGAUUCGGCAUCUCCUUCCUUUAAAUUUCCUACAUCGUCACACAUUGACAAACUUGUGUUAGAGACACUAGGAAGUCUUGACACUUUGGUAGAUAAUGAUCAUGAGCCACCACCAGCGAUGUUAAAAUUGAAUGCUAUUGCUGACAAGGAAGAUGGUUGGAUACAAGUAGUUAGUUCCAUGGUCAAUGUUAUUCCAAUGCACAAUCCAUUGGGUCCUUCAGUUAUAAUAUUAUUACUAGAUGAUUGUCCUCUACCUUCGAAGGAUUCUGUACUACGAUUAUCACACAUGUUUCAAUUACCACAAAAACUUGGACAAAUACAAAUUACAACUACGCAGCAACGCAAUAUAUGUGUAGUACUCGGUUGUAUUGCAGAAAAACUUGCUGGUCCUAGUAGUAUAGCAAUAUUAUCCGAUGCCACUUUAGAUUAUCUGGUUUCAAAUCUACGAGAAGAUGUUGAACCUUAUGUAAUGUUAUAUUCUUUAAUAGCAUUAGAAAAGUUUGCACAAACAAGUGAAAAUAAGGUAACUAUUAAGAAACGCCUUAUGACAGAAAAACAAAAUCCAUUAUUAGAAUUGGAGAAAUGGGCUACGGAAACACAUUAUGUACGUCGACAAGUUGGUUUUUGUGCACAAUGGUGUUUAGAUAACUUAUUCUUAAUGGAAGGUAGAAAAUAUUCCCACGAUUCCGUCGAUGUGACGGGUAUUAAUGUAAUGUUGAAUACAAAAGAUGUAAGCGAGUACCUGAAAAUAUCACCUAAUGGUUUGGAGGCACGAUGUGAUGCAUAUUCCUUUGAAAGCGUACGGUGUACAUUUCAAGUAGAUUCAGGAAUAUGGUAUUAUGAGACAUUAAUAAUAACUACAGGGGUUAUGCAAAUUGGAUGGGCCACAAAGGACAGCACUUUUCUAAAUCAUGAAGGAUAUGGUAUAGGAGAUGAUGAAUUUUCUUUGGCCUAUGAUGGCUGUCGCAGACUGAUUUGGUAUAAUGCACGAAGUGAAAAAUUUCACGACAGACCAUGCUGGAAGUCUGGUGAUAUCUUGGGUUGCUUAUUAGAUUUAAACAAAUUAGAAAUAAUAUUCUCUAUCAAUGGUGUAUCUCUUAAACCAUGCAUUCAAGUAUUUAAAACAGUAAGGUCGGGAUUUUUUGCUGCGGCUAGUUUUAUGUCAUUUCAGCAAUGUCUAUUUAAUUUUGGACAUGUACCUUUUAAAUAUCCACCUACUGACCGAGAAUUUCAAAAAUUUAACGAUUAUGCUACAUUAAAACCAGAAGACAAAAUCAUACUUCCUAGACACAUAUAUUUAGAUCAAUUGCGAAGGCUUAGUGUUAGAGAAGAUUCCUGUACAUUAUGUUUCGAUCAGAGGGCGUCAGUAAGGUUACUGCCAUGCAAUCAUAGAGGAUUUUGCCAAAGGUGUUCGAAACAGUUGAUUGAAUGCCCAAUGUGUAGAGCUACUAUCGAAGAAGUAGCCUCGGAUAACAUAUGACAUCGAUCAUCUCAUACUAAUAUUAACCAAUUCUUUCAUCAUUUCUUUUAUAUCAUAUUAUUUUUAUGGAAAUAUGAUUAUAAUAGAUAUGAAAUAAUCAUGAUUGUAAUAGAUAAUUAUUUACGUACUGUACUGAAUACAGUUAUCACAUGUGACAUAGUAUUUUUCUCUAUGCAAUACAAUGUGUUAAUACACAAGAAGAACUACAAAUUAAUUGUAGAUAAAAAAAUUCCCGUAAAGAUUUGAAUGAGUUUAUUCUAAGAAUCAAAGAUCAAUGCGCAAACAAAUAUUUUACAAAAUAAAACAUUCUCUUUUGAACUUUUCCAUACUUCUCUAUACUUUUUCUACUACGUAGCUUUAUCAAGAUAAUACUUGUGAAUUAAAGAAUGUUAUAAACUAUCACUAAUUUAACAAGAGGUUAAAAUUAUGUUUAAAAAUAAAUAUAUAUUGCUAAAAAUAUAUUUAAUUAAUGUAAUUAUUCAAUAGAGAAGUAAAUAGAUUAAAGAAAAUCAUAAAAUCAAAGAGAGAGAGAGAAAGAAAGAACUCAAAUUCUUGACUCCAUAUGAAAAAGCUUUAGGUAUAGGCAUUUUUGAUGAAAAUGAUUUAUGUAUUCGUUAUCGUAAGAAAUAUAAUAAUAAAAUAGGAAAAUAUUGAUGAAUCCUUUACAAAUACGAUGAUUUCUAUAUCGUGUUUAUAGAUUCUUGCUUCGGAAUCUGUGACUGAAUUAUAAAAUUUGGAAAAUUGUUUAUUCAUUAACUCAGAAAAUAUUUCCUCUAUUAGAAAUAAUUAGAAAUUCAGAUUAUACAUUCAAAUUGUUUAAAUUCUUAACAAGUUAUAUAAGUAAACUAUCAUGACUAGUAAUAUAAAUUUAUUUCUAAGGAACUAUGAAAAAAAUACUAAUAAUAUAGUAUAUAAUAUAUUAAAGUAAGACAUUCACACACAUAUAGAUUAUAUUCUUGGGAAGAUAUAAAAAGAAAUGUUUAAUGUUUUAUUAUGUACAUGUAUUUUGCAAACAUUUUUUUAUAAAAUCUUAUUUUCAUUAUCAAUUACCUUUCCCAUUAUUCUAAUACAUAUAACAUGAUAUUUCACCCAGAAACAGAAAGUAUACGUGUUAUUUAAAGAAUAAUUUUUUUCGAUCUAUCAUUUUCCAGCAAUAAUGUAUAUGCGUUACGCUCUCAGUAGUACGAUUAACGACGCGUGUGUGUGUUCUGAAUGAGAUUUACUGAAAGUAUUGUUCUUUUUUUCUUAUGUUUAAAUCAAUAAUAACUGUAAAGAACUU